AUGGCCGGGGGAUUCGAGAAGUCAGUAAAAGGGGCCACGAAGCUCAAGCUUGCGGCCCCUAAAUCCAAAUACAUAGAGAAUAUUCUUGUGGCAACUCAUACUGGCGAAGCAGGAGUCGCAGAGGUAUUCCGAACCCUUCAAAUACGGCUUCGAGACUCGGCAUGGACCAUUGUUUUCAAGGCGCUUAUUGUCCUCCAUCUCAUGAUCCGAGAGGGUCAACUGGAUGCGGCGCUGGGAUACUUGUCCGAUAACCCGAAGAAAAUCGCGCCCAGCAAUUUCUCUGAAGCCCAAUCGCAAGGACAUAAUAUCCGACGGUAUGCCGAAUACCUUAUCACGCGUGCCAAGGCGUUCGAGGCCUGCAAGACGGAUCACGUACGAAGCGGACCAGGACGCCUGAAGAGAAUAGGUGUGGAGAAAGGUUUGCUGAGGGAGACGGAAAUUGUACAGAAGCAAAUUCGUGCGUUGCUGCGAUGUGAUCUAUUGACGGAUGAGCCGGAGAACGAGAUCAGUCUGACCGCGUUCCGCCUCCUCACGCUUGAUCUAUUGACUCUAUAUUCAGUCAUGAAUGAGGGCACGAUCAAUGUUUUAGAACACUACUUUGAGAUGUCGCGGCCGGAUAGUAUACGUGCCCUAGCAAUCUACAAGACGUUCACAAAACAAACAGAAGAGGUGGUCCAGUACUUGGGAGUGGCAAGACAUUUCCAAUCUGCUACCCGCCUGGAAAUCCCGAAGCUCAAGCAUGCCUCCACAGACCUGGCGCGCCUUCUCGAGGAUGAUCUUAACGAUCCUGAUUUCGAUCUUCGCCGACGAGAGUAUUUGGCUAAGAAAGGUGUACGCGCCCCACCAAGCAUGGAAGCCAGUGCGACCGCAGGUGUAUCAAAACCAACUCCAAACCCACCGAUGUCGAACCCGCCGGCAUCAAAUCCACCCAAGCAGGCCGGACAACCAAAGGCACCGCCUGUGGAUCUGAUCGACUUUUUCGAUUCCAUUGAGCAGAAUCAGCAGCCAAUGGCACAGCAGAACUCAAUGCAGUACCAGCAAACAGGGUUCCAACAACAGCCGCAGCCGCAGCAACAAUUCUAUCCCCAGCAGACUGGCUUCCAGCAGCAACCCCAGGCGAUCCAGCAGCAGCCCUUGGCAACUGCAUAUGGCCAGCCGGCCCAAUAUGGAGCGCCUUAUCAAGCACAGGGUCCAAACAAUCCAUUUGGGCAGCCGCAGCUACAGCAGCAACUACAGCAGCAGCAACUGCAGCAACAACAACCUCCGCCGGCACAGCCGCUCCAAGCCAUGCCAACUGGGGCUGGAUUCGGUGGGUACUCCCCCCAGCCCCAGCAGUAUAGCUUCCAGUCGCAAUUGGCUCCUAUUCCGCAGGAUGGCAUGGCCUCCUUCCCUCAGCAACAACCGCAACAACAGCAAUCACUUCAGCCCUUGCAGCCUCAGCACACCAAUCCGUUCCGCCAGUCAAUGAUGCACAACUCUCACACGGGCGCUCAGCCACCCGCUGCUCCUCUAUCGCGACAGAACACGAACCCAUUCGCGAGACGACUAUCCACAGCAAACCCACAAUAUAAUCCCUCAAACGAGCAAUUUCAGCCUGCACAAUCCCCGCAGGUGCAGCUGGCUCAGCCACCACAAGCGCAGCCGAUCCAGCCUCAACGGACGGGAACCAACCCUUUCGCGCGGGCCUCUCCUGCUCCGCAGCAAUCUCUGCAACCCCCAGUGGCUGCCCCCUUGCGGCCUAAUCCAACCGGCAGCACCAACCCUUUCCGACAGAGCCAGUUUAUCAAUCAGCAGACCGGACAAGGUUGGCAAAAUGGGCAGAGUGGUACAAUGGGCGGAUUAGAACAGCUGGACACGGUGCCGGUCUUCCCGCGCCCUGGCAUGACCUAA